AUGGCGGUCACCAUCGACGACGGCGCGACGGCUUCCUUCUGGUUCUCCUCGUGGCUUAGCGGCAGUCAGCUAUGUUUGGCAUACCCAACGGUGUUCGCCCAAUCCAUCUGCAAAAACAGAUCAGUCCGGGAAGCUCUGCACCAGGACAGAUGGAUCCUCGAUCUCCGUCAUGGUUUGGAACAAAGUGGCAACCUGGGUGGGCUGCAGCUCACUGGCACACAUCAACUGGAGCACAGGAACGGCGUGGAGGGGGAGUUCGACAAAGGUCAAGUGGAGAGUAGGGAUGCAUGUGUACCGCCCCUUCUCCCCUCGCCGCCGCCGGUGGGCGUCGCCGGGCAAAGCUCGUGCGGCUUGGCGGCAGUGAGGCCCUCUCCUCCUCCUUCUUGGAGUGGCGCGGCGCGGGCCGGCCGCUUCGAAGGAGUUCCGGCGCCUUGGCAUCUGGGGCGGCGCAGCGAGGAAGCGCACAUGGUGGGGCGAGCACGGCGGGCCUUCGCAGGUGGCGGGGCGGCGUGGUGCUCUGAAGCAUGCUGCGCGCGCGCGGAAGGGGAGGAUAAGCGCGGAUCUGAAGCGCGUGGGCUCGCACGGCAGCGUGAGGUGGUGCUUCGGCUCUGGCGGUGCUGCGGUGAUUCGGCAAGGGAGCGGCAUGGAUGCGCAAGGGUCCUUGCUGCCCAGAUUUGUCUGCAUCUCAGGUGGGAAGGAUGCGCUCAUGCGGCGAGGGCAGACAGGGGCUUCCAGAGGCUGCCGGGAGAGGUGAGGCGUGCCGAGGGCGGCGGUUCGGCUGCGAGGGCACGACUGGUGUGGCGCUCGUCGCGGCCGUGCUCGUCGGACAACAGCCGCCGUGAGGAGUGCAACGGCCGCCGCAGAGCUCUGUUCCCUCGCCCGGGUCGUUAUCCAGUGCGCGCAGCCGCGGAGCUCCCUUCCAGUGUCGCCGCAGUGCUUCCUCCCACCGCCCGUCGGCGUCUACUGCGCGCAGGCGCGGAGCUCCCUCCAGCGCCGCCGCAGAGCUCCCUCCCGUCGUCCAUGGCGUAUAGUGCGCGCAGCCGCGGAGCUCCCUCCGGCGCCGACGCAGAGCUCCCUCCUAUCGUCCAUCGGCUUCUACUGCGCGUUGCCACGCUGCAUCUGCCUCCAUUAGCCCGAGCAGGAGGACCCGCGCAGGAGACGGCUCGGGGGCUCUGCAUCGAGGUCGAGCACGGCGCGCGCCGCGGACGGGGCGGAUGGGCACGAGGUCGACGCCGACGACGAAGGCGCCGGCGGGGGCACGGGCGGACGGGGCGGGGGCACGAGGUCGAGCACGGCGCGCGCCGGCGGGAGGAACCGGAAGCGGUCGUCGAGCUGCUGCAGCUUGAAGGCCGCGCGGCUCCGGUAGCCCUACUCCUUGGCGAGGUGGUAGUGCUUGUCCCGCCGCUGCUUCCCCUUCGCCUUGCCCAUGGAGCUCUCAACCUGCAUCGGCAGAGAUGGCUCGCCGCGCACAAGCUGCUCGACACAAUGCUCCAUAGAAAUAGAGAUGGGAUGAAGAUGACUAUGUAG